AUGAAAGAUCUAAACAGAAAUGGAUUGUCCACCUACUCAGCCUCCGAGAUUCGCGACUAUUAUCUCGCAGCAGCCAACCGUUGGCGAGGUGUUUGUUCGGGCGCAGCCAUUGGACGGUCACACCCAGCGGUCACCGCGCCCCGCCUCUACCGUGACUCUACCAUCGACGAGCCGACGACGUUCUACGAGCGCGGUCGGGCUACGUCCCUACGCGCGUCCGUCCCGCUCGCUCUUGUACACCCUCACAAGAGCGACAGGGACAGCGACGCCGUAAGCCGCGAU